UGGUGCAGGAGGAAGGCACGUGUUCGCCAAGCAGUGUAUCGGAUAACCAAGUUAGCUAGAAGUGACACAACGUUACAACUGUCACAGGUGCAGUGCAUGGAACCACAAUACACACGUAUGUAUCUAUUUACAUACACACAGCGCACCCACCCAUACUUUGAAUACUACUCAUGCAGACUUUAUUUCACAUGGAAUGCUGCAAUACUCUCGAGUGACCACCCAAUACACAUAAAACCAGGGUGGAGAAAAUUCUAGCAUCAGUACACAGCUCUUCCCAGCCGCUGAAGAACUUCUUGCUAUAGUAAAAAUACGUACAGUGUAUGAAAAGGGAGUAAAGAUGAAAGGACUGAUCAUUAUAGCAGCCCUAGUGACCGCAGGAUAUGCGAGACCAUCAGGAGCACCAUUGGGGGCAUGUGAAUCCCUGACUCCGAGUCACGGCACCGACUCCCAGACUAACAUGUCUCCAUUCACCGUGGACCUGUCUCCAUUCCUGGUUCAUGAGGAUGGGUCUGGCUCAGGCUCUGAGCCAAGCUAUGGCUACUAUUAUAGGCCAGGAUAUACAUACCGACUGCAACUGGUUCGCCAGCCGAAUGAUACAACCAGCCUAUUUCGAGGGUUCUUUGUGCAAUCGCGCACUGCAGCAGAUGACAUGACAAGAGUUGGGACUUUUGGGGUGGUCAACUCAGUACCUGGCUCAGAUUGGACUGUGUGCCCCGACGAAUUCAAGUAUAACCCACACUAACAACGAUGAUAAGACGAUAAUGCUAAUGGACUGGACUGCACCACCAUCUGGAACCGGCGCCAUACAAUUUCGGUAAGACACUGUGUUGCAGUAGUUCCACUUAGUAUCAUACUAAAUACUUAGUGCGGCACUAGUAUUAUGGAGGUAUAAGCAAUUUACAGUACAUGGGUUUUGAUUAAGUAAACUAUUUUAUCAUAGUUUGCUGUAAAUGUUUCAAGUAAGUGGCCAUUAUAAUUCUUAUCUGUGC